GCUGCACACACGUGUAGAGUCAACCUGAGCACGCUCGGUCUGUAGGGAAGCUAACAGGAGCUAACAGGAGCCAACAACCUGCUGGGUGGGUCCAGAUCAAGUCUCUGAAGAAGGAGCCGGUGUGAUUGCAGAUCAUCUUGAUACCAGAGUGCCAUGAUGAAGUAUAUCCUGGUAACUGGAGGAGUCAUCUCCGGCAUCGGCAAAGGCAUCAUCGCAAGCAGCGUGGGCACGAUCCUGAAGUCCUGUGGCCUACAUGUGACCGCCAUCAAGAUCGACCCUUAUAUUAACAUAGAUGCUGGCACGUUUUCGCCCUAUGAGCACGGUGAAGUGUUCGUGCUGGAUGAUGGGGGUGAGGUGGACUUGGAUCUGGGGAACUACGAACGCUUCCUGGACAUCCGGCUGACAAAAGACAACAACCUGACCACGGGCAAAAUCUAUCAGUCUGUUAUCAACAAGGAGAGGAGGGGAGACUACCUGGGCAAAACCGUGCAGGUUGUGCCACACAUCACAGAUGCCAUCCAGGAAUGGGUUGUGAAACAAGCCAAAGUACCAGUUGAAGAAGAUAAUAUACAACCUCAAGUGUGUGUGAUAGAGUUAGGAGGCACCGUGGGGGACAUUGAGAGCAUGCCUUUCAUCGAGGCCUUCAGGCAGUUCCAGUUUAAAGUGAAGAGGGAGAACUUCUGUAACAUUCACGUCAGUCUGAUACCACAGCCCAGUGCAACCGGAGAGCAAAAGACCAAACCAACACAGAACAGCGUCAGGGAGCUGAGAGGACUGGGCUUGUCCCCUGAUCUGAUCAUGUGUCGCUGUUCCACUGCUCUGGAGAACUCUGUUAAAGAAAAGAUCUCGAUGUUCUGCCAUGUAGAACCAGAGCAGGUCAUCUGUGUGCAGGACGUGUCGUCCAUCUACAGGGUGCCGCUACUGCUGGAGGAUCAGGGUGUGGUGAGCUACCUGAGCAGGAGGCUGAAUAUGCCCAUAGAGACCCAACCGAGGAAAAUGCUGAUAAAAUGGAAGGAGAUGUCUGACAGGUCAGACAGACUGUUGGAGCACUGCUGCAUAGCACUGGUCGGGAAGUACACCAAGUUUUCAGACUCUUACGCAUCUGUCAUCAAGGCACUGGAGCACUCAGCCCUGGCCAUCAGUCACAAACUGGAGGUUAAGUAUAUAGACUCAGCAUAUUUGGAGCUCAACACUCUGCAGGAGGAACCAGUAAAAUACCACGAGGCGUGGCAGAAACUCUGCAGUGCUGAUGGAAUCCUGGUUCCAGGAGGUUUCGGCGUCAGAGGAACUGAAGGAAAGAUUCGCGCAAUCAACUGGGCGAGAAUACAGAAGAAACCUUUUCUAGGUGUGUGUCUCGGAAUGCAGCUGGCAGUAUGUGAAUUUGCCAGGAACAUGCUUGACUGGAAAGAUGCCAACUCAACAGAAUUUGACCCUGACACAACGCAUCCUGUGGUGAUCGAUAUGCCGGAGCACAACCCUGGGCAGAUGGGCGGCACAAUGAGGCUAGGCAAGAGGCGGACCAUUUUCAAGACCAACACCAGCGUAUUGCGCAAGCUUUAUGGAGACGCAGACUAUGUGGAUGAAAGGCACAGACAUCGCUUUGAGGUCAAUCCUGAGCUGAAGAGUUACUUUGAAGAAAAGGGCUUCCGCUUUGUAGGGCAAGACGUGGAAGGAGAAAGAAUGGAGGUCAUAGAACUUGAUGAUCAUCCAUACUUCGUUGGAGUACAGUACCACCCAGAGUUCACCUCACGCCCCAUAAAGCCAUCACCCCCUUAUCUUGGUUUGCUGCUGGCUGCUGCAGGGAAGCUGCAGAGCUACUUACAGAAGAGCUGCCGCCUAUCUCCACGGGACACAUACAGCGAUCGGAGUGGCAGCAGCUCCCCAGACAGUGAAAUAUCAGAGCUGAAAUUACCUUCCAUUUCCGGUGAAUGAUGUAAAGAUCCUGAGGAACUAUUUUUCUUCUAUGGUUUCAGUGAUACAAACUACAAUCCUUAUCUACAGUGUUGGAUGUCAGUUAUACCUGACAUUAACAUCUGACCUCCAGGUCAAAAACGCAUAUGGCUUUUAUUUUUACUAAAUGCAUUAUUGGUUUCCUGAGUGAGUGCCCUCAGCACAAUUAACUAUGCUUCUGUCAAGACUUGUUACAAUAAACAUUAACUGGAUUGAUACCAUUUUGUCUUUAGUAAGAAAUAUUCAUUUGAAUAGAAUUUAAUGCAUGGUGUACCAAUGAUCAGAUUACCUCACUGGUUAUUCAUUUGGGCUCUUGCUCAGAUAAUGCAUGUUACCUCUAAAUGGCUGAAACAGAAUCAUCCAGCACAUCAGGUUUUUACUACUGUGGCCUUAUUGCAAUUAUGUACCGUUACAUCUUCCUUUGUGAAAUAUGAAUUUAAUAAACAGAUUCCAGUA